CAUGGCCCAGCCCUGCGGUGCUCCAGCUCCUUCCUUUCCUUCUCAAGGGUUCUUUCCAUUCCUUUUCCCGUGGAGCCUCCACGGAAAGGGCCCUAGACAGUGAGGGGAGACCGUUUCAGACUCUUCUGCAGACUUUUUAUGCCCAGGAAAGGUGCAGCCAUCUGCCACCUGGCCCCUUGUGCCUCACUCCUGAACAAGUGCUGUGAUUUAGUUCAGUUCAGACCGGCAGGGACCCCGAAUUCCUGUCUGAGGAGCCGAUGAUCGGGCUCCACACAGCGCGCACGCGAGCUUUGGAACAUCACCCUCUGUUCCACCAAGUUGGGGACUGCACGUAGUGGUUUGGUUAGUUUGGUAAUGGUCAGUACGUUUGUCAACCUGGUGAUGGCCUUUUUGUCCAUUCUCACUCAGACACUAAAGAAUUAGAUUAUCAAAUUAAAAUGUAAAAGUCAGUAGCCUUAAUUACACAGGAAGGGGGACACGGAGGCGUUGCAGAGUAUUGGAAAUGUCCUGUGUCUUGACGUAAAUUUGUCAAAAUGUAAUGAACAUGGUACAUCUUCCUGCCUGUAAGUUGUACCUGAGCAAAUGAAUAAACAUCGCUUACUGGCCGUCUCGUAGGCAAACUAACUGAUUGGGAAAUAUAAGGGAAGAGAAAAUCCCAUUUACAUUGGCCACAAAAAAGAUAAAGAUUGUUAGGAAGAGGCUUACCUAGAAAUGUGGAAAACUCGUGGAAGGAGUAUUUCGAAAUUCUUGCAAGAGGUACUGAGGUGGUCUCAGACAAAUAGAGCGAGAGCCCUCCUUCUCCGGCACGGCAAUGUAGCAACCUACAAUGGCCGUUCUCUCGGGGCUGAUCUAUGAGAUUAAUGGAAUCACAUGAGAGUACCAACAAAAAAUACUGUUUUUCCUGAGCUAGUCAAGCUUUUAAAGUUCGUGUACUUAAAACAAACAUGGCAGAAUAAAUAGGAACAUGUGGGGAGAUAGCAGUGUUAUUGGACAUGGGCAGACAGGCAUGCUAGUUGAACAGAAUAGAAAACAGGGAAACAGACCCAAGAACCGAUGGAAAUUUGAUGUAUGAUAAAGAGGAAUCUCAACGUUGGGGGUGGCCUUCCAAAUACAUCCCGUUGCGAUGAUCAGAUGAUCGUUGGGAAAAGAUAACGGUAGAUCCUUACCUCACACCAUACACAGGAAUAUGAAUCCGAGAUCUAAAACGUUCCCACUAGAUUUUCACUGGGAACUGAUGGCCAAGUUGAGCAUCCUACAGCCUGUAUGCGUAGCCUCAGAGUCUUUACGGAAUGUGCUAGGUGUUCUCAAACCUAUCCGAUUAGGCCACUACAUCUCCCAUGUACUAUGGACCCUUCAGCUGUGGCUCUUUAACAGAAAUAACUUGCAUUGGCUCUUCUGUCUUUAACUGGCUCUCCCCUCACAGGCUGGGUUGCCACGGUCUCUGAUUUAGUUCUUCACGUAGCUAAUGCUCGUAUUGCUAAGUGCAUGAUGCUGAAAUUUUAUUUUUAAAUUAUUUUGUGUCAUCCCCUAAAAUGCUUAUAAAAUCCCCAGGGCUUGCAGGAGUGUUUGGCAACAGUGGCUUCGCCAAGUGCUGUCUUGCUGAUUAGCAGUUGGGCAUUAUCUUCAAGGUGUCAGACUGUAAGCCAGGUUAGUCAAACCUUGGAGGAACCCGAGCGUCCACUGACGUGAGUGGAUUUUGUUAGUUCAGCCUCAUUUAAACUUACUGGUUGGAAAGCAGCUUUGACUCUGGGAAUUUGUGCUAACUUGUGAAGGCAUUCCCACCUCGGCUUGAGGAUGCUAACGUGAUGACAGUGAAGUUGCCUGUGUAAAAUCUAUUCUUGCCACUUGCCACUGCGUUUGCACGGCUUGAGGAAGGGAAGCCAGCUGUGUUAAUGCCUAGACUCCUUGAAUGACAGAUCAACCAGUCACUCGAUGGGGAGCAACGGCGGACCACCUUUUUGUGUCACCUUCCCACUUCUCUGUAGCAAGAAAAAUCACUUCAGCACCUCUUCAAUAAUAAUGAUGAAACUGGUAUUAACUGAAUGGCAAUUAUGGAUUUUUAACUCUAAUUCACAGUAAACCAGCAAGCCAUAUGUUUAAAAUCCAACCAAAAAUCAUUCUGUUCUGCUGCGUGUCUCACCCGAUUGUGAGAAGUGGAGAGAUCUCUGUUUGUACAAAGAGGGAUAUAAGCAUCACUUGCCGGAGGAACACAACUGAAGCAGAAGGAGAAGGUGUCCUAAUUUAUCCUUAAAGAUAUAUGAUAGCAUUAUUUAUAUAGAUAGAGGAAAUAUAUAUAUAUUAACAAAUAUAUAUAUAUACACACAUAUAUAUAUAUAUAUAUUUUUGGUGGUAAUGAAAAUGGCUCCGCAAAAUGCCGACUCAGAAUCUAUGCAAGUUCAAGACUUACCUGUGCCCCUGCCAGACCUGCAGAAGCCCGGAGGUGCGGACACCCACUACGAGACCAUCAGCGAGGGGUCCAUAGACCGGAUCCCUGUGCGCCUGUGGGUGAUGCAUGGGGCCGUGAUGUUCGGCAGGGAGUUCUGUUACGCCAUGGAGACGGCACUGGUCACUCCCAUCCUGUUGCAGAUUGGCCUUCCGGAGCAGUACUACAGCCUCACCUGGUUCCUGAGCCCCGUCCUCGGCCUCUUCUUCACGCCCAUCAUCGGCUCCGCCAGCGACCGCUGCACCCUGAGCUGGGGCCGCCGGCGGCCUUUCAUCCUGGUCCUGUGCAUCGGCGUGCUCUUGGGCGUGGCGCUCUUCCUGAACGGCUCUGCCAUCGGUCUGUCCCUCGGCGAUGUCCCCAGCCGGCAGCCCAUUGGCAUCGUCCUCACCGUGCUGGGGGUGGUCAUCCUGGACUUCAGCGCCGAUGCGACCGAGGGCCCCAUCCGUGCCUACCUGCUGGAUGUGGUGGACAGUGAGGAGCAGGACAUGGCCCUCAACAUCCACGCCUUCUCUGCCGGCCUCGGCGGGGCCAUCGGCUAUGUGCUGGGGGGGCUGGACUGGACCCAGACCUUCUUGGGCGACUGGUUCCGGACGCAGAACCAGGUGCUUUUCUUCUUCGCGGCCAUCAUCUUUGUGGUGUCGGUGGCCCUGCACCUGUUCAGCAUCGAGGAAGAGCAGUACAGCCCCCCGCAAGAGCGGGGUGGGGAGGCGGCCGGCACCCUGCCCCCCGCCGCCCGCGUGAAUGUUCUGGAUGGAGGCGUCGCCUUGUUCCCGGAGGAGGUGCAGUCCGAGCACGAGCUCUCCCUGGACUUCCUGGGUGUGGACAUGGUGCGGAGCAAGAGCGACUCUGUGUUGCACGUGCCGGACGCUGCCCUGGACCUGGAACCCGAGCUGCCCUUCCUGCCCGACAUCGAGCCCUCCAUCUUCCACGACGGCUCCUACCCCAGCACCCCCCGCAGCAGCAGCCAGGAGCUUCCCUGGACCAGGCCGUACCGCCUGGCCUCCGUGCUCAGGGAAACCGCAAAGGAGGACGCGACGCUGCUCGAUAAUCACUUGAACGAAGCCAAAGUCCCCAACGGCAGUGGCUCUCCCCCGAAGGACAGCCUCGGGGGCUACACCAGGGUGGCCCCGAAACCCACGGCCGCAUCCGGCUCCAUGAGGCGGCGGAGGCACAUGUUCCACCGGCAGGCCUCCAGCACCUUCUCCUACUACGGCAAGAUCGGGUCCAACUGCUACCGCUACCGACGGGCCAACGCCGUGGUCCUCAUCAAGCCCUCGCGCAGCAUGAGCGACCUGUACGACCUGCAGAAGCAGCAGCGGCAGCGGUGCCGGCACCGGAACCAGAGCGGGGCCACCACCUCCAGCGGGGACACGGAGAGCGAGGAGGGGGAGGGCGAGACCACCGUGCGGCUGCUCUGGCUGUCCAUGCUCAAGAUGCCCAAGGAGCUGACGCGGCUGUGCCUCUGCCACCUGCUCACCUGGUUCUCCGUCAUCGCCGAGGCCGUCUUCUACACCGACUUCAUGGGCCAGGUCAUCUUCGAAGGGGACCCCAAGGCCCCCUCCAACUCGACCGCCUGGCAGGCCUACAACGCCGGCGUGAAGUUGGGGUGCUGGGGCCUGGUGAUUUACGCGGCCACCGGCGCGAUCUGCUCAGCGCUGUUACAGAAGUACUUGGACAACUACGACCUGAGCAUCAGGGUCAUCUACGUGCUGGGGACGCUGGGUUUCUCCAUCGGCACGGCCGUGAUGGCCAUGUUCGCCGACGUCUACGUCGCCAUGAUCAUGAUCAGCACCAUGGGCAUCGUCUCCAUGAGCAUCUCCUACUGCCCCUACGCUCUGCUCGGGCAGUACCACGACAUCAAGGAGUACGUCCACCACAGCCCUGGGAGCUCCAAGCGUGGCUUUGGCAUAGACUGUGCCAUCCUCUCCUGCCAGGUGUACAUCUCCCAGAUCCUGGUGGCGUCCGCCCUCGGGGGUGUGGUCGACGCCGUCGGGACCGUGCGCGUCAUCCCCAUGGUGGCCUCCGUGGGCUCUUUCUUGGGCUUCCUGACGGCCACGUUCCUGGUGAUCUACCCAGACGUGUCGGUAGAGGUCAAGGAGGAGCAGAAAGGCCUGUCUUCCCAGCCUUCGGGGGAGAGCGGGGGCGGCGGCGAGAAGCCCACCGUCCUGAGGCUGACCAGGAAGGAGGGCCAGCCGAGGAAGGUGGAGACGGAGUCGAUGGUCUGA